AUGACAGAGACAUUGAAUGUCCUAGUCAAUAACGGAUCAAGUGUAGGCGCUUAUACACUUGAUCUGAUUGCGCCUCCGAAGUUGACUUCGGAGAUCACUCAGUUACCAACGCUCGAACAUAAAAGGUUCUUGCGUGAUCUGCGUAGUGGCAAAGUCAAGCAGAUCUGCGUACUCGUCGCUGACGACGAGUGUGUAGCCGACAUAAGAUUAUCAACAAUGUUUACUGAGAACGAGAGAGUUCUCAGUAGUUCAUCGAUGGACGAGAGCGUCCUCGAUGAAAAGACACGAGUUGAGCGAUAUGACUCCCAAUCGUGGGAAUCGCUCAAGACAAAUCCUCUCUAUGAAGAUUUGGUUGAAUUCAAGGAUGUAUUCCCUGAAACUGUUCCGUGCGAAUUACCGAAGGAUAAAGGUUUUCGACACGAGGUCGAGCUCAAACCAGGCUUGAAGUACUGUGUCAUGAAGCAGUGGCCACUGCCUCGUGAACAAGUACUUGCGAUCGACAAGUUCUUUGCCGAUCGUUUAGCUGCGGGCCAUGUGAGGGAAUCAACUUCCCCACAUAGCUCUCCGACCUUCUGUGUGUGA